AUGGGGUCGACUUUCGUCCCUCGUCAGGUCUUCAACGUGUCGGAGAAUAUUCCGCGCUCCUACUUCCUAGGUCAUCACCGAGCCGGCCUCAGGAGAAUGCGCUCCAUGCUAGACUCGAUCGACCAUGUCAUUGAGUGCCGUGACUUUCGGAUACCGUUUACUUCAAUAAAUCCGCUCUUUGAACAUGUAUUAGGGGAUAAGAAGCGGACGAUAAUCUAUACAAAACGAGAUCUGGCCGGGGACCGGAAACUUGCGAUGCAAAAGAUAGAGAGCCAGGUUCUUCGCUGGGAUAAGCGAACGUCGAAAGUGUUUGUCGUUGACAAGUUUUCGAAAAGCUCCAUGGCGCCCUUCAUUAAAUACCUUCGGACAAUACCUCUCGCGCAAGACCAGGUGACCGGCUAUAGGAUGUUGGUUGUGGGGAUGCCGAAUGUUGGAAAGUCCUCAUUUAUCAAUUACCUUCGACAACAAUGCAUGGACCUGCCGUCCAUGUCGAAAGCUGCCAGCACUGGCGAUGAGCCGGGAGUUACAAGAAAGGUCGGCAGUCCUAUUAAGGUCCUUAACAGGAAACAGUGCGGGAUGUAUGUAUAUGACACCCCUGGUGUCUUCGUCCCAUACGUUGCCGAGCCGGAGAGCAUGGUCAAGCUCGCAACGUGUGGGAUUAUCAAGAGGUCCCUGGUCUCCGAUCUCACAAUUUCGGAUUACCUCCUAUACCAUAUUAACAAGAACAAACCAUAUGCAUACCGGAAAUACUGCGAGCCCACGAAUGAUAUCAUGGAGUUGCUCAAUGCAUUCGCUUUGAAGUCUGGCUGCUUGGCGAAGGGGGGCGUGCCCGAUAUCAAUAUGGCGUCCCGAAAAUUCAAUCAUAUGUGGCGAGAAGGGAAAUUCAAAUACUUUGUAAUGGAUGAUGUAUUGUCCAUUACCACAGUCAAGCGACGAGAGUGGCAGGAAACUUUCAAGGAGAUGUUUGCGGACGACAAAAUCGACACGGAGGAGCAGCCGACUUCCACUAUGAGUGUGAUAUAA